AUGACCACGGAAUCGAACCCGGGUCCCCGGCGUUAUGACACUCUGUGCUUUGGUGGGCAUGACAUCUUCACGGCCAUCCGGGAGAACAGCCCCGGGGGCACGCUAGUGGCCAGCCUCAGCAUGACCGGUGAGCCAGAGACCAAUGAGAUCACUUUGGAACUCACCGGCGACAAUGCUGAUUGGCUGUACCUGGAAGGAAAAACCAUCAAACUCAACGCUACAAUGGACCAAGAUCUGGACAGAGAGAUAUAUGGCUCCGUCUUGAGGGCCCAUGUCAGCUGCUAUGUGAAUAACACACUUCAGAGUGAGUACAGUCUUGUUGUGGAGAUUCUCAAUGAGAAUGACAAUGGGCCAGUAUUCCUGUGGAACACAACUCAAGCUCAGAACAUCAGCGAGCUGGCAGCAGUAAAUUCAGUGGUGUUUGCACUACAAGCUCUCGAUGCAGAUGGAGACACUAUCGUAUAUGAAAUCGACAACUCAUCGCCGGAUGCAGAGCACUUCAGGAUCGACUUGCCAAACAGUGGCCAGGUGCUGCUGAACAAGCCUCUGGACUACGAGACUCAAGUAGAGCUGCGACUACGGGUCUAUGCCAUGGAGAUGAGCACUAAAGAGCAGCUGACUGCCACUGCGUCGCUGGUGCUGUACGUGCAGGAUGGAGACGACCAUUACCCACAAUUCCUGCCCUGCACCAUACUCCCUCUCAGCGGGGCGGCACAGCACGUGUGUGCCAACCCUGUCUACACCACCAACAUCACAGAGAGAGACGAGGAUAUUAUAUUGGACUUCUACCCUGGCCCAGUCAAUGCUGUGGAUGGAGACAAGGGAUUAAACACACCACUCACCUACAGCAUCCUCUCAGGUGCUGAUAACGGGAGGUUUCUAAUAAACGAGGCGACUGGAGAAAUCAGACUGACCAGACGAGUGGAGAACAGACUGCUCACACCUUCUCUAAGACUCCGAAUCGUGGCGGCGCAGGUGGACGACCUGAAGAAGUACAGCGUUGCCACGGCGAUUGUGCGGGUGGUCGCGGAGAACCGCUUCCCUCCGCAGUUCCAGAGGAAAGAGUACCGCGCCUUUCUUACCGAGUCAACCAACACCGCCACCUUUGUCCUCACCUACGGCAACGAGAUGCUCGUUCUACAGGCCAUAGACCAAGACUUCCCUGAUGGGAUGAACCCCAAGGUCCAUUAUUCCCUGGCCACAAACACCGAGCUCUUCUCCGUCACUAAGGAAGGAUUUCUCAUCGCCAGGGGAAACCACCCCCCACCACCUCACACUCACACGUUGGAGGUCCUGGCAACUGAUCUGGAGUCAGGAGAUGUGGCGAAUGCGUCUGUGACUGUGACUAUCCUCCAUCGCGGUCAGCCAGUGCCCCACAGUCCGCUGAGCGAGGACCCCAACCAUGCCCAUGGCUCCCCAGGGCGUGCGGUGGGGGUGCUGGGCCUGUGCCUGCUGCUGCUGGGGGCAGCCGUGUGUGUCACCGUGCGCUGGCUCCGGCGCCGCAAGAGACGGCGAGACCCGUCCGACCGCGGCUGCGUGGCAGAGGGGAAACACCCCAACGUGAGCUUGCAGUGGUUCCAGUUGGUGAAUCACAGUUCUCCGGUGGUGAUGCUGGAUGAAGUGUCUCUACAUGCAGAGGCACUAUGCAACGCAGAUAUCAUGCUGUCCCCACUGCACGGCAAGCCUGGCAUCUACACGGUCACCGAGAAGCUCUCCGGCUCCUCAACUGCCCAAUCAAACACCACUGUGCCGCCUCAGCCCGCCUCCUCGGCCAUACGGUCCAAUGGGAAGGCCUCAGUUAAGGUCUCCGACAAGUCCCUGCUCAAAACAGUGUCUUUCCGCGAUGAAGUCACCAUUCGAACGAGGGAGGUGGAGGAGGAAGAGCAGGAGCAGGAACAGGAAGCCAACACACACCCAGAUGAGUUUGUGGUGGUAGACAUGGACUUUGAUCCAGGGGAGAGCACGACAGAAGAGAAACAAAAGUUGGAGAAAUCUAGCCUGCCUUCGGACAAGCCUUCAAAUUCAAAUGACUCAAUAACCCCCAGUGAGCUGAAUCAGAACGCUAACCAAGAAGAAGCAAUCAAUUCUGAAAAUAACACAAAUAGCAGUGAUAUUGCAGAUACUAAACCCGAAGGGUCAAUCACAGAGAAAUGCCCUCCUGACUUGAGUCAACCCAUGUCAGACACCCCUACAUCACAGAUGGCGGAGCAUGAACACCAAACAUCAGAGGACUCCAAAUCUGAUCAACCAGUGGGAGAGGGUGCCAGUUUAGGCGGAGGGGAUGCAGAGUCUAACGUGGACAAAUUAACACAGAGUCAGCCUGAUACUGAUCCAGAAGAGCAACAAGAUGUGUCACCCACACAUGAAAACUCAGAACAAGUGUCAUCAAAACAUGAAAGCAUAGACACACCUGAAACACUCACAGACGAGACGCACGACUCCAAAGCAGAACAGAAGACCACCGAUGACCCAGAACUAAGUCAGUCACAAACAGACAGUAAACCAGAAGAGUCUCCACACGUUAAAGUGGACAUAGACAAUGGUAAAGAAAUACAGCUCCAAGACCUGGAAAAGGCAAGCACUGGAAUUCCUGAAACGUCAUCCCAUGCUGAAAACCUAGAAGAUCAAUUAACACCAAGUACAGAGGUCCAGCAAACACAAACUUCUACACACACUCAUGAUGACACGCUCACACAGCCAGACGCAUCCAGCGCAGCCACGUCACAAGCACAGGAAUCACCGACUUCUCCACCAACACGAGCCAAAACAUUCACAAAGCUCCCCUUCUUUACUGCUCCCACAUCCUCACCUGCACUCACUAGCUCUGAGCGUAAAACAUCUUCUGAUGCUAGCAGGCCAGGUAGUGCUAAAGCAAUCCCAGGCAAAGCCACCAUCGCAGAGCUGAAAGCUGCUCUUGCCAACAGAAGUAGCGCUAAAGCAGCCACAACCAGUAGCUCACCACAGAGAGCCUCUGAGGCUGGCAAAGGAGGUAGCCUUAAAACACCUACACCCACACGCGCUGGAUUGGAGCAGAAGACUAUCGGCACUGGCAGAGCCACAACCACCAGCUCAGAGAAGACAGUGAUUGGCUCUGGUGAGGCGGAGAAAGAGGAUGAUGAGGAGGAGGGCGACACCAAGGUCACUAACCUGGAUGACGUCACAGACAGCAGUAGCAAGGAUGGCCUGUGA